UCUCUCUCUCUCGCUCUCUCCCGGCCCGGGGCGCUCCGCGCGGAGCCGAGCACAGCGCUGCGGGCAGCCCCCGGCCCGGGCGCACCGAGACGAGCACCGGGGGCGGCGGGGAAGCGGCUCCGGGAGGGGAAGGCAUGUGCGAGCGGGCGAGGAGCUCAGGAAGUGACAAGCCCGAUUUCCUCUGGGCGGAGCGCUGCGGCCCGGCGGGGGAGGCCGGCAGCUCCCGCCGCCCGGGGACGCGAUGCCCGGCCGCACAGUAAGGCGCGGGGCGGAGCGCGGGGCGGGCGCGGGGCUGCCUUCCCGGCCGCGGCGGGGCAGCAGCGCGUAGCGGAGCCCGGGCCCCCGCUUCCCUCCUGGACCCAGGUGGAGGCGCGUGUCUUGUUGAACUCACCAGCAUUUGGAAGCUAUUCUUGUCAAAUCAUCCUGUGAGUGGGCAGUCGGGAGUUGGUGCCACUGAACUUUUCGCUUGGGAAAAUGCAUCGAAACAGCGGCUUUGCCAGAACAUGGCUGAGAGUGACCUUUGCCUGUACUCUAAUGGGCUCCAAUGCAUGACUUCAUUACCAUGGUGAUGAUCUUAACCAAAACUCUGGAAAACAAAGGUGCUGAAUCUGUAACAUGCAGGACUGAGCUGCACACCCCAAAGAUGAGUCAAGGACCUACUCUCUUCUCUUGUGGAAUUAUGGAAAAUGACAGAUGGAGAGAUCUCAGCAGGCAAUGUCCACUGCACAGGAAAUGUCCACUGCAGAUUGAGCAACCUAGCAGCAACAUUUGGGACUGCCUGCCUGACAAAAAUGAAGAAGGCUCUAUAUGGCAAAGAGAUACAGUUAACACAUGUUCAGUGACCAACUUGAUUAAAGACCUCAGUCUUAGUGACCACAAUGGUAACCCCUCAGCACCUCCCAGCAAACGCCAGUGCAGGUCACUUUCUUUUUCUGAUGAAAUGUCAAGCUGCAGGACAUCCUGGAGGCCUUUAGGGUCAAAGGUCUGGACUCCAGUAGAAAAGAGACGGUGUUAUAGUGGGGGAAGUGUCCAACGCUACUCCAAUGGCUUCAGCACAAUGCAGAGGAGUUCUAGUUUUAGCCUACCUUCAAGGUCAAACAUACUAUCCUCAUCAUAUGACCAGUCUGGAUUUAGCAGCAGAUAUGGGUGUCAGCCAUGCCAAGGGAUGAGGAAAUCUGCCACCUAUGGACAAGCAGGUGACAUCUGGGGUAAUGACCACAGUUCUGUUGAGAGCAGCAGGGUUGAAAUGCAGCGGUCCCUCUCCUGCUCACAUGAUCAGUUUUCCUCUUCGGAAUAUUGUCCACCCUCAGCAAACAGCACACCUGCCUCAACACCAGAGCUGAUGAGACGCUCCAACGGACUGUCCCGCAGCCGAUCUCAGCCAUGUGUCCUUAAUGACAAAAAGGUUGGAGUUAAACGACGACGGCCUGAGGAGGUUCAGGAACAAAGGCCUUCGCUGGACCUUGCCAAGAUGACCCAGAAUCGUCAAACUUUUAACAGCCUUAGCUGCCUUAGCACCCCGGUGGAUGAUUGCGCUCUGCAGACCCAGUUCUGCCCUAGUGUCAAUAGCACCAAGUCAUGGACAACAUCUCCUUCCUCCUCGGAUGUCAUGCCGGGCAGGACACCAGCCUGCACGCCUGUGCCAGAGCCUCACUUGAAUGCAGAAGAAUGUAGAGUUAGCAAAGAAGACCUCUCUUGUGAGGAGUCAGACUAUUGCGCCACGGAAGAGGAGAGCAGUAGGAAAGAAGAGGAACGGGCUUCUUGGAGGAGCAGCGGGACAGGAGGGGAGAAUGUCUUUCAGCUAGACGGCGAAUUAGACAUUGAGCAAAUAGAAAACAACUGAGGGAGUGUUGUUUUGUGUCAGGGUUUUGGGAUGUGAAUUUACAACAGAGAGCAGUAAAAUCUCCCAGGUUUAAUACUUGGUUUAUACUGUACUUAGGCAUAAAAAUAAAUCAAUGUUGUCCUCCUAUCAGCGAUCAGGAGACAAAAGCAGCCUUGCCAAAAUUUCAUCAGGUAUUUAGAGCAAUGUUUUGUAAACCUUGAAAUCCUAUGUAACUACUGUAGCCAGAUAUCAGCCAGUUUGAGAACGUUGCCUGCGCGGCUUUGGAAACAAGCGUUCUGAAUCUCCAAACUGCAUUUAUUUUUUUGGCCUCUGUCAUUAAGUAAACAGCUUUUUAUAAAUUUGAAAUUGCAGCUUGUGGAGAAACUGCAAUUUUUCAGUGAAUGUGUGUGUUUCUUUAGAUUUUUUUUUUUUUUUAAGAGAGGACUGGAAAAAAAAGUACUGGUUUUGAUUCACAGACUAGGUACUGUCUAGUUCAGGGAGCUAUGCUGAGGGGACAUGUGGUAGGCUUCGUCAGCCAUAGUUUUCUAGGACAGCAAGGUGUCAAGAAUGUUUCAUGUUCGCUCAUUCAUACAGUUCUUCUCGCUCCAGACUGCACCUUACCCAUGGCAGAGGGGAGCUGUAGGGGGGCAUGUUGUUCUAGCAGUGAUGGUUCAAAGAAUACGUGGGAAGCAAGAUUUGGUUGAUAAUACUGGAACAAUUGUUCUAACUGGGUGCAUCUACACAUUCAUUAAUGCACCUUAGUUAUUGCGCAUUAGACAAGUACUAAAUCAAUGCUCAGUAACUUGUGCUAUUGCGCAGUAGCGCUGGCACAUGGGUUUUUAGUG